CUGAAGCCUUCAGGAGAAAAAAACAAAAGAGAACUCAUGAAUUUUUUUUUUUAAGUUGUUGUUGUUUUUGUGAGAUGGAGUUUUGCUCUUGUCGCCCAAGCUAGAGUGCAAUAGGGUUAUUUUGGGUCACUGCAACCUCCACCUCCUAGGUUCAAGCAAUUCUCCUGCCUCAGCCUCCAAAGUAGUGGGGAUUACAGGUGCCUGCCACCACUCCUGGCUAAUUUUUGUAUUUUUAGUAGAGAUGUGGUUUCUCCAUGUUGGCCAGGCUGGUCUUGAACUCCUGACCUCAGGGCGAUCUGCCUGCCUCAGCCUCCCAAGGUGCUGGGAUUACAGGCAUGAGCCACCAUGCCUAGCUGAAUCGUUACGUUACACAUCUGGAAAAAUCACUGCUGAUUAUUUUGUCUAAUUUAUUAACCACAUGGGAAAAAAUUAACAAUACCUGCAAAGAAAGCUGAUGAAAGUGGGGAAAAAAAUGAGGCAAUUAUUAGCCUCAGGAAAUACCAAAAGAGGCUAGGUGCAGUCUCUUUUGGUAUUUCCUUUAUUAUUUUAUUUAAAAAUAAACUUCUUCAUUGUGGAGAAAGUGUAAAUCAAAUUAUGUGGGAGUUUUAUUGUCCAGGCCUGAGAAUGGCACGCAUCACAUUUAAUUGGCCAGAACUUGGUCUGAACUGUAAGGAAGGCUGGGAAAUACUGUCUAGUUGUGUGUUCAGGAGCAAGAAGAAAUAACGUUUUUGAGAGGAAGUAGCAAUAUCUGCCACAACAGGCAAAAAGUAGGGGUGGGCAGAUGAAGAAGACCAUCUCAGGUAUUCAUUUAUACAAGGAGCAACACAUAUUUAUUGAGCACCUACUAUUGAUUAAGCUUGGUUCCAGGGAUGGUGGAUACAAGAGUGAACAAAUAAAAGACUGCUGUUAUGCAGUUUCUAUUUAGUGAGGAACAGCAGGUGUAAGUUCCAUGGGGGUUGGAACCUGCCCUUCUAGGCCAGUGUCGCUGGAAUAGAGUUUUAACGAAUUUUGCAGGAAGUAAUAAGGACUUCAUAUUUGAUUCUAAGAGCAAUGAGACUCCAUUAAAUCGAGUAUUAACCAGAAAGUGGCAUGAUCUGUUUUAUUAUUUAUUUAUUUAUUUUAAUCUUUAUAUUUGGACAGAGUUUUACUCUUGUCACCCAGGCUGGAGUGCAGUGGUGCCAUCUCUCUCACUGCAACCUCCACCUCCUGGGUUCAAGCGAUUCUCCUGCCUCAGCCUCCCGAGUAGCUGGGCCUACAGGCACGCGCCACCACGCCUGGCUAAUUUUUUGUAUUUUUAUUAGAGACGGGGUUUCGCCAUGUUGGCCAGGCUGGUCUCAAACUCUUGACCUCAGGUGAUUCACCUGCCUCAGCCUCCCAAAGUGCUGAGAUUACAGGCGGAAGCCACCGCACCUGGCCGCAUGAUCUGUUUUAAAUAAUUACUCUGGCCACCUUAUGGAAAAUGGAUUAUUCGGCAGAGCUGGACAAAAGAAUGGAAACAGACCAGAUAUUUCAGGCAGGCUAGAGAUGAGCGUGGCCUGGCCUUGCCUGGGGCGGUUGUGACUGACUGGAUUGGGUGAAGGACAGGAAAGAUACAACAAGGAUGCCUAUAGGUGUUCGUAUUGAAUCACUGGGGGCACCCUAAAUGGGAGUUAUCUCAGUAGAAGUUUGAGACACCAGUCAGAUAAUGGAUGUGAAAGCUUUUAGGAAAGGUUGAACGGCGGCUGAAAUAGCGUGUGUUCCAUUUACAGAUGGGAAACUGAGGCACGAGAUACCAGAGGAUGGAGUCAGGCCACGUUGUGCGCCUCUCCCCGCUUAGGUGGGUGAGGAGGUGUGUUGGGCCCCCGCUAAGCGCCAGCACCGAGCUGAGCCCCGCCCGGACCCAGCCAGCCGGCUUUCCCUGUCCGCUGCUCGUGUCCCAAUAAAGUUAUUGAAAUUGACACCGGUUGCUAAGGAAGUGGGUCGCCGAGCCAGGUUGCUAAGGAAGUGAGCGGCCACUGUCUCUCCCCAUCCGGGGCAGCGGGGAAUGGCUGAUCCAGGGGUUCGCCGCCCCCGCCGCCGCCGCCGCCGCCGCCGUCGCCGCCCGCUUUCGGCUCGGGCCGCAGGACCUUAGCAUACUGAGACAUUUUGAAUUGACACUUCUCAAGAUUGACUGGAUCAGAGUUCAUCAUGUCAAAGUUGAAAAGCUCAGAGUCAGUCAGGGUGGUGGUUCGCUGUCGGCCCAUGAAUGGCAAGGAAAAGGCUGCUUCGUAUGACAAAGUGGUAGAUGUGGAUGUUAAGCUGGGGCAGGUGUCUGUGAAGAACCCCAAAGGGACGGCCCAUGAAAUGCCCAAGACCUUCACCUUUGAUGCCGUCUAUGACUGGAAUGCCAAGCAGUUUGAACUGUACGAUGAGACGUUCCGACCACUUGUUGACUCUGUCCUGCAAGGUUUCAAUGGAACCAUUUUUGCCUAUGGACAAACUGGGACAGGAAAAACCUACACAAUGGAAGGAAUCCGUGGUGACCCUGAAAAAAGAGGAGUCAUUCCUAACUCAUUUGACCAUAUCUUCACCCACAUCUCUCGAUCCCAGAAUCAACAGUACCUGGUCAGGGCUUCUUACUUAGAGAUCUACCAGGAGGAGAUCCGAGAUUUGCUCUCAAAAGAUCAGACCAAAAGGCUUGAGCUCAAAGAGAGGCCUGACACAGGAGUGUAUGUGAAAGACCUGUCUUCCUUUGUCACAAAGAGUGUGAAGGAGAUAGAGCACGUGAUGAAUGUGGGGAACCAGAACCGUUCUGUCGGUGCUACCAACAUGAACGAGCACAGCUCGCGUUCUCAUGCAAUUUUCGUUAUCACUAUUGAGUGCAGUGAGGUGGGCCUCGAUGGUGAAAACCACAUCCGUGUAGGAAAAUUGAACCUUGUAGAUCUUGCUGGCAGUGAACGGCAAGCCAAGACCGGCGCACAAGGGGAGAGAUUAAAAGAAGCUACCAAGAUCAACCUCUCCCUUUCUGCUUUGGGUAAUGUCAUCUCUGCUCUAGUGGACGGCAAAAGCACUCACAUUCCAUAUCGGGACUCAAAGCUUACCAGGCUGCUCCAAGAUUCCCUUGGUGGCAAUGCUAAGACUGUGAUGGUGGCCAGCGUGGGGCCUGCCUCUUACAACGUAGAAGAGACUCUGACCACUCUACGAUAUGCCAACCGUGCCAAAAACAUUAAGAACAAACCAAGGGUCAAUGAGGACCCCAAGGAUGCCCUCCUUCGAGAAUUCCAGGAAGAGAUUGCUCGGCUCAAGGCUCAGCUGGAAAAACGGUCCAUUGGCAGGAGGAAGAGGCGAGAGAAGCGGAGGGAAGGUGGUGGCAGUGGUGGGGGUGGGGAAGAGGAGGAGGAGGAGGGAGAAGAGGGUGAAGAGGAAGGGGAUGAUAAGGAUGAUUACUGGCGGGAACAGCAAGAAAAAUUGGAGAUUGAGAAGCGGGCCAUUGUAGAGGAUCACAGCUUGGUUGCAGAGGAGAAGAUGAGGCUACUGAAGGAGAAAGAGAAAAAGAUGGAGGACCUGCGGCGGGAGAAGGAUGCUGCCGAGAUGCUGGGCGCCAAGAUCAAGGCCAUGGAGAGUAAGUUGCUUGUUGGAGGAAAAAAUAUAGUAGAUCAUACGAAUGAACAGCAGAAAAUCCUGGAGCAGAAACGACAGGAAAUUGCAGAGCAGAAACGUCGAGAAAGAGAAAUCCAGCAACAGAUGGAAAGUCGAGAUGAGGAGACCUUGGAACUUAAAGAGACAUACAGCUCAUUGCAGCAAGAGGUGGACAUCAAGACCAAAAAACUCAAAAAGCUCUUCUCCAAGCUUCAGGCAGUGAAGGCUGAGAUCCACGACCUCCAAGAAGAACACAUCAAGGAGCGCCAAGAGCUAGAGCAGACUCAGAAUGAGCUCACCAGGGAGCUGAAACUCAAGCAUCUUAUUAUAGAAAACUUUAUCCCUCUGGAAGAAAAAAGUAAAAUUAUGAAUAGAGCCUUCUUUGAUGAAGAGGAAGAUCAUUGGAAACUACAUCCUAUAACCAGACUGGAGAACCAGCAGAUGAUGAAGCGGCCAGUCUCAGCCGUGGGAUAUAAGAGACCAUUGAGCCAGCACGCAAGAAUGUCCAUGAUGAUUCGUCCAGAGGCCCGAUACAGGGCAGAAAACAUUGUGCUGUUAGAGCUGGACAUGCCCAGCCGGACCACCAGAGACUAUGAGGGUCCAGCCAUUGCCCCCAAGGUCCAGGCUGCAUUGGAUGCGGCUCUGCAGGAUGAAGAUGAGAUACAGGUGGAUGCAUCAUCCUUUGAAAGCACUGCAAAUAAGAAAUCCAAGGCCAGGCCUAAAAGUGGAAGGAAGUCGGGAUCCUCCUCCUCUUCCUCAGGAACCCCUGCAUCUCAGCUUUAUCCACAGUCUCGGGGGCUGGUUCCAAAGUAAAGCCAGCUUCUCCUCUCCCAGGGCGGAAACAGCAUUUGCCUUCUGAGAGAAGAGACUAGCAAAAAGCUGCAGAGAGGAUUCGGCCCAAACUCAGAACCAUUCCCCUGAGGAGAAGCGAUGGCCUCUUUGCAGAUCAACCAACUCAAUCUGGUUGAACGUGCUGUUCCUAAUCUGGCACUCAGCCCCUCUGGGAAACAUCUUUUAAUUAGCAUCUCAGAAAUGCAUGGGUAAGGUAAAGUGCGAUAGUCCAAGUGGAAAGCAAGAGAAUGACCAGUGACCUUGCUUCCUUCCCCCUUGCCUUCUUCUCCCCCUUCCCCUGCCCUCCCUUUCUCUCCUCUCUCCUUUUCUAGCCUGUUCUUUACAUGGGGCUCCCUUCUUGUUGAACAAUAGGGCAGAAUCAGGAGUCACCUUAGCAGGACCCCAUCUUUGGAGCCUCGGGAUAAAAUGACAGUGAGGUUGAAAAGUGAAAACCCUAGAACUUGAAUAGGUGCCUGUUCUUGUAGGGAGAAAUGAGAAAUCACAUUUGGAUCCAGGCCCCAGGUGGGCACCAUCAGCAGUCUUGCUUCCAUGCACCUCAGUAAGAAGUGGAUCUGCCUUUGGGACCUGCUGAGUGAGGAAAUCUCUUCCAAUUUCUGCUUCCGAAGGAUUCAAUGUUGGGAGCAAUAGAAAUAACAUUCCCUUUGCCUCCUCGGAGUGUUUAGGGAAAUAGCUUCUUUAAAACCUCAAAACCAUGACCAUCCUGUCAAAGACCUAAGUCUGUAAGCUGGUGCCAUAUCCUUACACCAUGUCACUUUACUCUUCAUUUGUCACCAUCUUUUCCCAUGCACGCGUACUCUGAACAUCCUUGUGUGGGCCCAUCCUCUGCCUCCAGAGCAUGCUCUGCAGUGGGCCUGUUUUGUGGGAGAAAGGAGGCUAGCUUUGCCUUCUCUGACGGGACUGGAGUUGAGGGAAGGAGCUGUAUUGUGGCACUUUUGAAUUCCCCGUUUUGUUCCAUAUUGGUAUAGAGAGCAGAAGAGUAGCUAGGCAGAUGCAGAGAUGGAGACAUGAGACUCAGUGCAGUGGGUAGGGAAGACAUAACAGAUGGAAGCAAAGGAAUCCUGCCUGCCUUCGGCAGAGAAUUCACCGAAUCCUAGAACUGUGGCUCCCUCCAGGCAGAGCCUGAGAUGCUGGUGAAGAAUAGCUGCGUGAUUGAAUAGGCUCAAAGGAGAGUUCAGAAUUCCCAUUUACAUAUUACUAGUUUGGUUUGUAAGUUUUAGUUCCUUGUAUUAUUGAGAUUCAGAGCUUCAUUUUAUGUUGGUCAUUAGGUGAAUAUUACUCAUUUUCCCCCAAGAGAAGCUCAUAAGUGUGUGUGGGUGUGAGAGCACAAUGGUGCCUGUGUUCUGUGAAUGUGUCCAUGUGUGUCUGUAAGAGAGACAGAGACCAAGAACUUGCCCAAUUUUAGAAAUACACUAAUGUGCAGUUGUUGCCUUUUGUCUGUAUUAAAGGCCCAUUGAAUGGCUAAUCCAGGCUGGAAGCACUCCCAUGUGGGUGUCUGAGUCCAUGAGCCAAGCCUGAGGGGACAGUGAGUCUCCAGGUCUGCCACACUGGUGCACCUUGCUGGCAUGGUGCCUCAGGAAGGUGGCGACUCAGGUGGGCCUUGAGUUAAAUUUUAACUCAGCUGCUCAGUUCCCAGGGCACAUUUCUGGAUCAGAACCCAUGGGAAACAGGAGGUACUAAGUGCAAUGUCUUAGCAUUCUGCAAAAUGGAGAUCUGUUGUCCAGCGGCUUAUCUCCUUUUUAGUAACCCUUCUUUCUGAACCCAGGGCCCUUUUCAGCCUUCCCUCAUCUUUUCUAGAGAUCAAACUUUACUUCUUUCUUAUUUACUAAGAUUUUGCCUGUUUGAAUAAGAACAAAACGCUAAGGUGGGUAGCCUAAGCUGGUUGUCUGCUGGUUACACAUGUCUCUCACACCACAUUUCCUCAAAGCUAAUCUGAAUUCUGUAGGCUAAAAAUAUUCAUGUAGCAAAUCUGAGAAUUGAAAACUGUAGAUAACCGGCCGGGUAUGGUGACUCAUGCCUGUAAUCCUAGCACUUUGGGAGGCCGAGUUGGGUGGAUCACCCGAGGUUAGGACUUCAAGACCAGCCUGGCCAACAUGGUGAAACCCCAUCUGUACUAAAAAUACAAAAAUUUGCCAGGUGUGGUGGUGCAUGCCUCUAGUCCUAGCUACUCAGGAGGCUGAGGCACGAGAAUCACUUGAACCUGGGAGGCGGAGGUUGCUGUGAGUCGAGAUCACACCACUGCACUCCAGCCUGGGCGACAGAGUGAGACUCCGCCUCAAAAAAAAAAAAAAAAAGAAAAAGAAAAAGAAAACUGCAUGUAACCCUAUAUGUUAAUACUGGUAUCUCGAGGUGACUCUUCUGACGAAGGGUGGUUAAGUGACACAUAGAACUUUUCUAAGAGAAGACAGACAAGUUGACAGGCAUGUCUUGUACUCAGCUGUGUUCAUGUGGUGGUCUGUGGAAACAAAAGAAGACUCAUUUGGAAAUGAAGCUGUCCCUUUCCAAGCAGUCUCUGGUGCUUUUCUUCUCUCAAAAUGGAUCCGAUAAAUAUUUGAGUAGAGCAGAUUGUAGAAUGUCAUGCUGCCACCAGAAAGCUGCUGUUUUGGGUUCUGCAUUGAGCCAAAUAUGUAGAGGACCUACCAAGCCCACUGAGGGACCAGGUUUUCAUGUCUCUAAGUCAUACCUAGAAUAUUCUGAGCCAUCUGAGGGCCUUCAUGCCAGCAGCAGCUAGCAAAGCCAGAAAGCAAGUCUAACAGGAUCUAAGAUGACCAUCAGGAGAAGGAGUUUGAGACUGUGUAUGCAACCCCCAAUAGACCUCCUUUUACUCUGAUCUGGAGAAUGUAUCUGGCUUCAUAUUUUCAAGUCACAUGUCUCUCAGACCCCUGGAUUCAGAACCCAAGGUCACAAAUCACAGGCAUGAAGCACUUUCUUAAGACUGACCUAACGCUGGAUUAUUUCCCGUCUAAUGCCUGCAUGCUGCUUGAAUUGCUCCACCCACAGCUCCAUGACCAAGGGCGCCAGAGUGCUGCAACUGGGGCGUGGGCCGCUCUCUGCUUUUCCUGUCUGACUCUGACAAGUCCUCCCUCACUGAAUGUAGAAUCGUUGCCAAGUUUCUGAGAAGUGUCGAUUCCCUGUUAACGUGGAUAUCAGUUCUGCCUCACAUUUCCCACUUGAGGUUGAGGCGUACUGGAGACAGCACCUCAGACCAUCUGAACCCCAUCAGUGGAUGAAAAUGGGGCUGUUAAUAUACUCUAAAAGCCAUACUAAAAAUGCUCUGAGGGAACUGGCUAAGAAUAGUGGGCCUGGCGAUUGUCUGUCACGCAAGGCUUUGUUUUGUACUGUUCAGAAAUCUGUCACCUUUCUGCCUGCCCUUGUUUCCUGAAUGAAAUGCUUCUGGGGUUAUUUAUGAAAGGAGUGAUCCUGGGGCAGGCAGGAGGCAGUGGGCUUUAUGGCUCCUUGAAGUUAUUACUGAUCUUGACCUUCUCUUUGGCUACCUUUAGACAAAGAAUACGCCAAUCAAUACUUGGGGCUCUAAGUUUUACAACUGAUAUUUAUUUGUAUCAUCUCUUUGUCUAGGAAUGUAAAAGUGAUUCUAAACUAAGAUGUGUAAUAAAAAUCAAUCAGAUUUAUUGUACCUACAAAAA